UAAAGGCGAGACAGCUGUGACGGAAAGAGGGGAGGACGGGCGGGACGUUUGAAUUGACAGAGGACCCCUCGAAGAACCAGAGUUACAGAAAUGAGUGAUCUUCGGGGGACCAGGGCCAGCUCCCCUCUGACACAAGAGAUCACAGCACUCCUGGCCAGAAUAAGAUCUAUGGAUUUGCCACCGUUAGACUGGGAUGAAAAGCCAACAGCAGAAGACGGGUAUAUUUUUGACGAUGCUGCCAUCGAUGAAAAUGUCCAGACUGUGCAUAAAAGUCUUCAGUUCCUUGAGAACAGCAGGAGGGUGGAGGAAGAGGAGGAUCAACUCCAGGAAAGCUGGGAAGAAAAGAGCCUCUUGUGCGAGGAAAAUACUCGGUGUGAAUCCCCGGUGCUGGGAUUUGCACAGACGACGUGGCAUCAACCCAGCACCCACAGCCCGGGGGCGGCAACGUCCAGGCACGAGGCUGGUUUCGGGGAGAAUCCGGCCCCCAUGGCCCAGGCCCCCAUUAGGAGCGCCGACGGUGACGUCCAGCAGGUCCCCCCAGGAGAGAAGCUCAAUCAGCAGCAGGAGGAACUUCAGUGGCUUCACCAUGAUUUCCAUCAAGUUCAGAAUUUGUGCUGGUCCAUCGAGAAGGAGCUGAGGCUCGAAAGGGAAAAAAACCUGGAGCUUAGGGAACACAACAUCUCGCUCCAACAGGAGAACGUCAAGCUCCAUCCUUAG